ACAAAUAAUAAUUGAUAAUUGCAUUGAAACCAUACGAAGAAUCCAUACUACUAUUGGUUAUAACGGGUACUGUUUGGGGUAUCUCUACACCACUUCUCAAAAGAUACAGUCAAGACAUGGAAGACGUCCAUCACUCCAAUCCUGUCAUACAAUUCAUCCUACAAUUGAAGGCAAUGUUCACAAACUGGAAGUAUAUGUUGUCAUUUCUGGUCAACCAAAGCGGUUCUGUGUUGUACACAAUUAGUCUGUCAUACAAUCCCAUCACAAUAGCCGUUCCCAUCACUAAUGCCCUCAACUUUAUCUUUGUUGUCAUUUCCGGACCCCUUAUGGGAGAAACAACUCUCGACUCAAUCAGUGAAAACCCUAGUAGAGAUCACUACUGA